GCGUGCGAGCGAACCUCUCGUACGUCGAGACCAUGAGGCGCCCGGAGUGACGUUUUUUUCUCUUCGUCGUCUAUCCGUUCUUUCUUUUAUUUUCGUUUCCGCGCAAGUCAGUUCCUUACUUUUGCCCGGCAAGCGUGUGUCUUGUCGACGCCGUGGCUGCGACGUGUCUGCUGCGAGCAGCAAAAUGUGCGACAGGUGAUGAAGGAAACACAGCAUACCAAAGCAACGAAUCGAGCAAUAGACAAAACCAAAAAUCAGAGUAGCGAACAAUGGUAAAUGGUACGAUGGGAUUGACGAUGGAUCAUCACGAGCAGAUGGUGCAUUUUCCACGGCCGCUCACCAUCUUCGCCGCGGUCUGUGCCAUCAUUUUCAGCAUCGUCGGCGUUCUCGGCAACUUGGUAACAGUGAUAGCGUUGUUGCGCUUCACGCGGUUGAGGCGGCACGCAACCACAGCCUUCGUCAUAAGCUUGAGCGUCUCGGACCUGAUCUUCUGCGCGGUCAACAUGCCUCUCACUGCCAGCAGGUAUCUGCACGAGCGCUGGAUCCUCGGGGACGCCUUGUGCCAGGUGUUCCCGUUGUUUUUCUACGGCAACGUGGCUGUCUCGCUGCUGAGCAUGGUCGCCAUCACGAUUAAUAGGUACGUGCUGAUCUCACGCGCCGAGAUCUACAGCAAAAUAUACACGAAUCGCGGCAUAACGCUGAUGCUGAUAGCGAUUUGGACAAUCAGCUUCUCGCUGCUGGUGCCGCCGCUGCUCGGAGUAUGGGGCCGCCUGGGCCUUGACGAGGCCACCUUCUCCUGCACGAUACUCAAGAAGCACGGCAGAAGCCCCAAGAAACUUCUGUUCGUGGUGGGAUUUCUCGUGCCGUGUAUAGUAAUCAUCGUGUCGUACCUGUGCAUCUACUGGAAGGUGCGCUCGAGUCGCAAGAACCUCGAGGCGCACAGCUCCGUGGCGACCAACCGCCGGAAGAAGCCGGGCUUCCAGCGACGAGAGGACUCGCGAGUCACUCGCCUCAUGCUCAUCAUCUUCGUGGGCUUCCUGCUCUGCUUCCUGCCGCUUAUGCUGGCCAACGUGGUCGAUGACCAGAUGCGCAUCCCCUCGCUCACAGUGCUCGCGUCGCUGCUCGCUUGGGCGUCCGCCGUCGUCAAUCCUUUCAUCUACGCCGGGACCAACAAGCUCUACAGGGAGGCCUACAAGCAGUUGCUCUGCCCCCGGAGACUUCAAAAGUCCAAGGCAGUGCUCUCGGCCCAGCCGAGGCCGAUAAACUCGCACUCGAGCAAGCUGUCGUCGCAGCCUACCUGAGCCCGAGCUUGCACUUGAGUCUAGCGACACACGGUGACACUGCUCGGAGUGAGACCGUGCCAGAGACUCGAGUGUGACACCUUCUCUCCUUGUACAUAUCAAUUUACUCGCAAUCGCACGGCCUUUUCACACUUUUGUAUAGGACAUCGACGUGUACGCCAAAGUACUAGUUUUAUCUAUUUAUUUAUAUUUAGCCAAAAACACACAGAGUCAAUUAACUAACCAAAGAAAGCUGAGGGUAAGAGACAAGAUGUAAGAACGACGCGUUUAUGCAAAUAAUACUAUUGUAUUUUAUCAUUGUAUAAAUGUUUAUGUGCGCUAUUUACACGUAUUACUGCACGUCCGUCUCUUAGAUUCUAUUUACAAAAAUGUAUAAUGUAGCUGCUUCGACGCUUUCGUAAGCUUACAAAUUUACCGACGGUUUUCUCAGUUCAGUUGACAUGCCAAAGUAUAUUAUAUAUAUUUAUAUAUAUGUAUAGGAAGUAGUACGAGUUUCGACCAUAUUAUUUAUUUAAUUUGAAUAGAAAAUGCUCACGUUUUAUCAAUAUUAUUAUUAUAAUAAUUAUUAUUAUUACAUUUUGUUGUUUUUGUACUCUUGUGACUUAGUCACGAAGAUGUAAGGCAUCGACGAUAUUAAUUAAUUUUGAAUAUAGCAAUUAUAUUUCUUAAUUAUUUCUCGUUUAUUUAUUUUCCCUUCCUGUGUUUGUGACAAAUACAAAUAUGUCUGAAAGUAUAUCAUAAAUAUACUAUUCGAGUAAGGCAGAAAUAUCAAUUUUCUUUCUCAGGAAGCGUCAGCAGUUUCAUAAAUAUAAGAUGUGUAAAAAGUAUCUCGUAAUUAAAUAUAAAUACUCUAAUGAAUAAUUUGAUUUUAAUAUAUUUUUCAGAGUACGAUUCGUCGUGAUAUAUAAUCAGUCUAUAAAAAUUAUUUAU